CGUACAGCGGUUAUGCGAAACGCACGCGUGUGCUGAGUGUGUCGGUGGGUGAGGCUGAUGGUGGGGUCAACACUGGCUCGAUCUAGCUCUACUUGUGCACAAAACUGGGGAUUUUAGAAAUCAACACAACGUUCGCUUUUUGAUAAGUUGAAGUUGGAAUAAGCUGCAACUAUGACACAGGAGGGGGAGAAAACCGCUCCAACUGCAGAAGCUGAAGUUUUGGAUGAUGCGGAAGAGGAACCCAUUACAGAAAAGCCUGCUGAAGGUGUGAAAAGUCCAGAAGUUAUCCCUGAUACUAAGACUAAGGAUAAAGAAACUGAAAAGCCCAAAACUAAUCCCAAAGUAGAGCGCCGCUCCAAACCCACAGGCAAGAUGGUGAUGUGCCGGGUCACCUUGCUUGAUGCAUCCACACUAGAAAUUGAGCUAGAUAAAGGAGCUAAUGGCCAGGUGUUAUUCGAUAAAGUGUGUACAAAUCUCAACCUCCUUGAAGUAGAAUAUUUUGGACUGACAUACCUUGACAAGGAUGUAAAGUAUUGGUUGACGGGGGACAAGAAAAUUGCAAAACAGUUGAAAGCAGGAUGUCGGUGGGUGUUCGAAUUUGCAGUUAAAUUUUAUCCUCCAGAACCAUCACACUUGACAGAAGAUAUCACGAGAUACCAGCUAUGCCUACAGGUCAGGGUUGACUUAUAUAAUGGAAAGUUGCCAUGUUCCACGGUGACCCAUGCACUACUGGGUUCCUAUACAGUACAGGCAGAGCUUGGGGACUAUGAUCCUGCUGAAUGUGCUCAAGGCUACCUUGAGGAGUUUGACUUCGCACAGAAACAGACUCCCGAUCUCCUAAAAAAAAUUCAUGAACUCCAUAAAACACACAAGGGACAAUCACCAGAAGAAGCGGAAGGGUUGUUUCUAGAAAAUGCAAAAAAGUUAGCAAUGUAUGGUGUAGACCUUCACAAAGCUAUGGAUUCAGAAAAAGUGGACAUUUCAUUAGGUGUGUGUUCCAGUGGUUUGAUGGUGUACAAAGACAAACUUAGGAUAAACAGAUUUGUGUGGCCAAAAAUUCUCAAGCUGUCAUACAAACGCAAUAACUUUUACAUCAAAAUUCGUCCAACAGAGCAAGAUUCAUUUGAAAACAUGAUAUGUUUUAAGUUAACUAACCAUAAAAUGGCCAAGCGGUUAUGGAAGACAUGCGUUGAACACCACACAUUUUUCAGAUUAAAAGAAGCAGAAGCCCCCAAGGGGGGAACCCUGUUCCCUCGCUUCAAUUCCAAGUUCAGAUACUCAGGUCGUACACAGAAACAGUUGAAAGACCGGACAGAUCUUGUGGAGCGGCCGAAGCCAGAGUUUGAAAGGACACACUUUAAGAACAAAUCUAUGCCAUACCCAGAAAAUAAAACUGCAAAACUUGAUGAUAGUGAUGAUUAUGGCAAGAGGAAUUCCGACCAUCCACUGGAUGAGAAUGACAGAAUAGACAAGAAGUAUGGAGAUCCUGAUGCCCUUGCCAAUGCAGGGCCUCCUCCAUACUCCUCAAGAGAGCUUGACGAGCAUGGUCAGAGGGCGCCAGGGGACGAAUCACAUGCAGAUCGCCCCAGCAGACCCCCAGGGGAUGAGUCAGAGGACAGGCUUGACCAGGAAAGGGACAAGGCUGCCACUAUGACAGCUCCUGAUGGUACGGCGGAUACCACAGAACUAGAUGCGGGUGUGGGGCUCACAAAUGUUGGCAGAAAGAGCAAGCGGUCCAAGGAGGAAAAAGAACGAGAAAAGAGAGAAAAGGAGGAGGAAAAGAAGCGGAAAAAGGAAGAGGAGAAGGAAAGAAAACGUCUUGAAAAGGAAAAAAAGAAGAAAGAAAAAGAAGGCAAUAAGUCAAUGUCAGAAGACAGAAGUGAUAAAUUAGGUGAAGGUGUGGCUACAGAAACGGCACCAGGAGAAAGUUACGGUGAUGCUGCUACACUCCCAAGGGAAGGAAUAAUGUAUGCUGUACCUCCCCCCGAAGGUGGAGACUCUCCUGAAAAGAUACAGCAAGCUGAAAAUGACAAGGAUAAUGAAGGAGAAAUUGAGGAUAAAAAAGAUCAGGAGGUUGAUGACAAGGACAAAUUAAAGCUGGAGGAACCUGUAUCUCCUGGUGGGAAGGGAAAGAAGGGGAAAAAGAGUAAGAAAGAUAAAAAGGACAAACACGACCAUGAUGAUAAAAAUGACUUGGAUGACAAAGACAAACAUGACCUUUCCCCUGGUGGGAAAGACAAAAAGGGAAAGAAGAGCAAAAAGGAUAAACACGACGAUAAAAAGGACAAACAGGACGAUAAGAAAGACAAACAUGAUGACAAGGAUGGGGACGAUGAUAAACAGGGUCCUGACAGUGGGGAUAAAUUUAACUUUGAUGACAAGGACAAACAUGCUGUAGAAGUUGAAGAACCUGUUUCUCCAGGUGGGAAGGGCAAAAAGGGUAAAAAAGAUAAGAAAGAUAAAGAUAAGGAUAAGAAAGGGAAAGGGUUUCUGGGACGAAAACGAAAGGAUUCCAAAAACCGGCACUCCGGCAGUGAGCCUUCGUCGCCAACUGGCAUACCUGUCCCUGAAGUCACAGUAGAACCACCAACACCAGAUGACACUUCCAAUACACAGGAAACCAGCACUAGGGAUGCAGGGGAUCAAGGAAGUAGUGUCGACCCAGUCCCCAACGAAUCCCGCAGGGACAGCGAUAACAAAAACGACAAAAAAAAAGAAGUGAAGUUUCUCGAUCAGUGUGUCCCAAUAGAGGCAGAUACCUCUGUGGUUGUCAAGGAAGAGACCCCCAUAACUUCACCCACCAUCAUUAUUUCGGCUGCCCCUCAGCAAGAGGAAGAGGAGCAAAUUGUCAUGGAGGUUGUCAAGGAGACCGAAACAGAGAUUAAAAAUGUUGAGGAUGCCAAGGUUGUUGACCAAGAGGUCAAAGAAACACAAGUGGUCAAAGAAACACAAGUGAAAGAGGAUGAGAAAAAUGAAGAACCAGCACCAGAAGUUAAAGUAGAAGAACCAGCGGUGGUUGUCUCACAUGUGGAAAAAAAAGAACAGAUAAUUCCUGAUGAAAACAUUGAAGAUGAAGUUUUUGAAACGGAAACGGAACAUGCAGAGAAAAUUGAGGCAGCAUUAGUAACAAAAGAGCAAACACUUCCUUCUGAAGAAAAUAUUGUGUCAAAAGAUACAACAGAUGCUUCCAACAUAAGUGAGGAUGUCAUUGUGGUAGAGACCAGACAGGAAGAACAAACUAUUCCUGAGGUUGUACCAGAAUCAAAAGAGGAAGUUGAUGUAUCAUCAGAGGUCUGUAAAGAAUCAGUGAAGCAUUCUUCAGUUGAGGAACUUGUUGUGGAAGACAGCAAAGACACGGUUGUAAAACCUGACCCUAAGGUCACAGAGGUGAUAGAAUGUGUUGAAACAGUGGUACCAGUGGAGUCACCUCCACACAAAACAGAGGAACACAUAACACAGGAGGACACUCCUCCAGUCCAGGAACAAAGGAAGGAAAGUAAGGAAACUGCAGAUGAGGUUAUUCAUGAGGUUGUCAAAGGGGAGAUAAUUCUUCCGGUGAUUGUAACAAAUGAAGAGGCUGAGAAUCAGCCUAAGGAUCAGGAAGAGGCUGGUCCAAGUAAUGUGUCCGAGCAAAAAGAGGAAGAGGGUAAGGUUGACAAGAAGGAACUCAAGAGAAUAGAAAAGGAAGAAAAACAGAAGGAAAAGGAACGAAUCAAAAAGGAAAAAGAAGAAAAGAAAAAGGAGAAAGAAGAACAAAAGAAAAUUGAGAAAGAAAGGAAAAAGAAAGAGAAACAAGAAAAACAAGAGCAAAAGAGACUUGAAAAAGAAAGGAAGAAGAAAGAAAAGGAAGAGAAGAAGGCAAUGGCAGGAAGUGAUGUUGUAGAAAAGGAAGAAGAAGAGAAAAAGAAGGAAGAUGAUGAAGAAACAGAAACAAAGGUUGAUCCUGUACAGAUUGAGUUGGCUGCUGCACUUGUACAGAGGAGGGGCAAGGAAGAAGAGGAAGUGACAGAGGAUAAGGAGGAAACAAAGGAAAAUACAGAGGACCAUGCUCCAGCAGCAGCUGCAACAUCUGAGGUUGUCGCUGAAGAAAUAGUGAAGGAAAUAGAAGAAGAAAAGGUAGAUGAAGAAAUUGCAAAAGAGACAAAAACAGAUAAAAAAGCCAAAAAGGAGAAAAAAAAGAAAAAAGAGAAAAAGGAAAAACCUAAGAAAAAGGAGAAAAAGCGGGACAAUAAUACAACUGGUUGUUUUAGUUUCAUGGGAGAGAAGAAGACGGACAGCGAUCAGGCAGAGGUAGAAGAGGCUCCAGUUGAGGAGAUGCCAACAGAACCUUGGGUCACAGUAGAACCAAAGGAACCAGAGGAGCCUAAACCUGAGGAAGUCGAGGAGGCCAAUGUUACUCCUAAACAGAGGGGCGUUGGCCUAGGAUGGGCAUUGCCCGGUUUCGCCGAGAUGAAAGAGAGGCAAGCUGCUGCUGCAGCCAAGCCUGUAGAAAAUGACAACCCUAGGUCUAUGUCAACCUCAUCAGCAAAAUCCUCGUCAUCUUCGUCGGCGAGCAGUACAGAGGGUGAACACUUUCCGCAAGAGCCGCGUGCUCCCCUGGCAGAGUUUUCGGAGGGGUUGAGUUCCGAGGGAGGUUUAGAUGCGGAAGGUGACGCUGCUCUAGGUAACUGGCCUUAUGGAAAGGAAGGUUCGAUUGACCGACGCAUGCAGUUUAUGCCAGUAACUGCUCCAUCCACUGAAGAGCAAUCCGAAACUAAAAAUAAACCAAGUACCGACGACACAUCUAUGCCAUUUUUCGAUCCUGCAUCAGUAAAUACUGGUAAUAACUCAGAAGGGGAGGGAACUCUGGGUAAAAAAGUGCCUCCACCUGUCGCUCCGAAGACUGCACGCUUGAGUCAGAUGGCUGACGAAGAGAGAAUGAGGAAGGAGGAGGAAGAUAGACGAUUACAGUUGGAAGAAGAAGAAAGACUAGCAGCUCUCCCACCCACAGUAGCUACUGAGAGCAGGAAGUAUGACCCAGAAACUGAGGAGACACCCAUAGCAACCACAAAUGUCCCCAUAGUAAAAACAGAAACGCGAACAGUCACUUACGAAAAAGAUGGUGUUCCAGUGGCUAUUGAGGACAUCACUUUGAUAAGUUCCCAGUCUCAUUCAACACGAACACAGCUUAGUGAAACGACAACAUAUAGAGCGGAGACGAACGGUAUCGUGGAGACAAGGAUGGAGAAGAAAGUUAUUAUCACAGAGGAUGGAGAUGAUGACAUCAACCAUGAUGAUCUUCUGGCAGCAGCCAUCCGCUCCGUAACAGACAUGAACCCUGACCUUUCGGUGGAGCGGAUAGAGUACACGAAACAAGUAGACAACCCUAGUGGGGACACUCAGGUUUAACAUUAGUCAGAUAGCCUUGUGGGAGGGACACACAACACCUUACAAUUCAUCUUUCGCCAUCGCCAUGCCGAUAACAUAAACAGCUACAGCAGCCAUCGUGGUCAUUUGAUCUUACAGUGCCUAUAGACUCAUCCUUCAUAUAUAAACAAUUCAUCCGACAUGUAUCAGCGUUCAUUCGAAGAUUUUUAAUCCUGUACCAUUUCAUCGUGAUGCAUGAAAUUAUUUUUAGCCAUCAUCUCGUUAAUAUCUUGUACACUAUGACAUAUAAACUCAUUUAAAACAUUUUAUUUACUGUUUGUCAUUGUGAAAUUUUCCUGAUUUAAUAAAUCCAGUCAGUGCUAGAUAAACCUGCUAUUUCAGUAGUACUAGUUGAGUUUGUGGUUUCUUUAAUUUGAUCCGACAGAUUGUGCCACAUCUGUGGCUCAGUUUGAAGAACAUGACUUGAAUGUGUUAAAACCAAUUGGCUGUUGAUUUUAUACAUUGCAAACAUUUCAACAGGUUGAAUUGUUAAUAUCUGCGGUUCAUUUCUUAAUUGUUCAGAUUGAACAUUAAAUUAUUUUGUUGAACAAGCAGUCAGUUGGUGAAAUAUUUUGGUACCACAGGUUCUAAGAUUAUACAUGCUUACACACUUAUCUGAAUAUACAGUACCACUGUUUACUGGUGUGAUGUCAGGCAGUUAGAAAAGUUAUCUAUUUUGGGAAUUUCCAGAGUUCAUCAAAAUUGAUUAUCCAAUGAUUUUAAGUGCAAUAUUCACAAAAUUAAGUGGAUAAUAACAGGAACCUGUGUAAUCAUGUUUGGAGUCCAAUCUGAUCAUCAUCCUGCUACGGAAAGAAUGACGGGGAAACUGGACUGAAAUUUAAAUUGGGAUCCUUAGGGGAUUUGCAAUAAGAGUUGUAUAAUUUUGUAGAUAGAUUCCAUAUAGAUUUUGAGUUAAAUCUUUUAAAGAUAAAUUAAUUUGUAAUAAUAGUGUACAGAUCAUGAAUAUUCAAAUACCUAAUUAUAUUAUAUUUGCAUGUUAUGUUAAAUGUACUGAAGGAUUGUGUUGGAGGUUGUCAUGAAAACAUAAUAAUUCUUAAAGUAUUCAAGGGAAGUUAUUAAGGAUAUUUAUAACUAAUGUCAAUCUUGUAUGGAAGUUAGGGGUAAUUGGCAAUAAUCAUUUGGGCAAUCCCUUGUGGGGCAUACACAGAUAACAAUUUACCUACACUUACUUAAAAUAUAGGUUGAAUAACACCUGUAUCUGCUUAAUAGAUUUAAAAUAUCAGGAGAGAAUAGCUCACUUAAUUGCAGAUGAACAAAUGGUAUCAAUGGGUUGCUUGUGUUGCUCUUUAGCUCUCCGAUUCCUUUUUAAGUUGCUUUUUACUUUUUUGACAUGAUUUUUUGUUUUAUAUUACAAGCUACGGUAUGUUUAGAUUGUUCCUUUGCACCAGUGUGUCAGACAUAGCAAGUCAUUGAUUUAAAAAAAACAACAUCUUGCUAAUGUGACUAAAACAUGUUGCAAACUGUUUAUGAAUACCUGAUUUAACCAUGUUUUCCUCUAGGGAAUGAACUUAUAAGCAAUGGCUUAUACAUAGACUCCUUUGUUGACACUUGGCACGGGCAGCUACUUAUAAAUUAAUGAAAGAUGAUCUGAAUGGGAGAUAGCUCUGAUGAAUUUUUCUUUUAGCAGUAAAUGGGAAUCAGUAAACUGUACAACAUACUUCAGGGGAAAACUUGCUGCAUGGAUAAGACCUGUAUGUAGAAUAUUGUGCCCUUUUAAUUUAGGAGUUAUCUUCCCUUUGUCCAGGUGGUGAGGGUUCAGUAGCCAUUAAAUUUUCUUCACGAUAACCAAAAUAUUGGUAGGAGGUAAGGUCACUUAUUUCUGGUAACAAGUGCUGUUAAAAUAUUGUUAGACAUGUCUUUGCUGACUGUAAUAUGUUUCCAUUGUGAUCGUUUUCUCGUGUGUCAAUCAUGAUAAUUAUCUAGAUCAGAUAUAUAUGAUCAGGCAUACAUUGGCCAGAUCCAGAAAAAUCAUGAAGUAUGUCUCAGACGAAGUUUACUGGCACGAAACACUUUGUGGUUUGUACUGAAACCUAAUUAGGAUCUAGAUCAUCUUUCGAUUGUGAAACUAAUAGUUUCAUAUUAAUGUAUUAUGACAGAGUUCAAGGUUAAAGUAAGGUCAAAGUAAGGAUUAACUGCCCAUCAAACAUUGAAGCUGUUUCACUCUGUGUCAGUUAUGUAAUAGGUCAUAGUGAAAUCCUUGUUGAUUUGCAAUAUUAGCACUUUGCUUACAAGAACAUUUUUACGCCAUAAGCAAACCGUCAUCAAUACAUUUUGUGUAGUCAUAUGACAAGUACGGUACUUGUAUUUUAUGCUGUAGAUUUUUCUGAGUACCUUGUUUUCAGAAGUCUGAAAUUUGUUUUUAUUAUUUCUAUUAUUAUUAGCUAUUUAAGUUUUUUCUCGUAGAAAAUUAUUGCUCAAAUGUUGUCUUGCUUUUUAUUAUUAAUCAUUUAUUUUCUUUCUGUCUGAAUAAAAACCUAAUAUGCAGUAAUGGUGUCAAGUUGCAAACUUUAAUGAAUGAAAAUAAUAAACAGUAAGUUACAUUACUAACAGAAGAAAAAUGUUUAAUUUGGAUUUUACCAUUGUGUAAUGUGCCAAGGCGCAGUUUAAACAUUUCCUUGCCAUUUUGUUGUUAAAAAAUAAUUAACAUUGUGCCAAAUUUAUGGUAAUUAGAAGAAAAAAAAUGACAAAAAUUGUAAAGAGGAUGUUUACCUAAACUCAUUACCGCAUACUUGUGUUUGUGUAAGCCUUGCAAAGGCACAUCUACUUUUAAUCAAUGCAUAUUAAUUAAGCCUGACAGGGGCUCUCUUCUCGUGUGUGGGCAAAGGGAGCUUACUGGUGAGGACAUAAUAACUGUAGAUCAAUUUAAUUUUUAUUUGUACAAAAUCACAAAUAAAAUAAUUUUUAACUUGUU